AGAAGAAGCUGCACGCACAGCUUUCUGGAAGCAGAGACGGCAGCAUCGAUCAGCCCAGCCUACUCCCGAGAGGCUCCAGAGGAGAGAGACACUGUAGAGCGCUUCACCUGCAGCAGCGCUGAUGGAGAUGGCUCUUUUCAUCGUGGUGGUUCUACACCUAACGGGAGGCAUAUCUGCCCUGCCUGACCAAUACAGCAGAGCCGUGGAUUGGCUUAGCAGGUAUGGCUACCUUCCUCCUCCCGACCCUCGCACCAGCAGGUUACAGACCAAAGACGGGAUUGAAAACGCCAUCCGUGUCAUGCAGAGAUUCGGAGGCCUCCCGGAAACCGGACUUCUCGACAGCAAAACCCUCAAACUCAUGUCCACACCACGAUGCUCCCUUCCUGACAUUGUUGGAGGUGAAGAUAUGAGGAGGAGGAGGAGGAAAAGAUAUGCGCUGUCAGGCCUGAAGUGGCAUAAGUCAGACCUCACAUGGAGUGUCCACAGCUACCCCAACCCCUCACAAGGUCUCAGCAACGGUUUGGUGGAAAACCUGCUCUCUUUUGCCCUGAAAGCGUGGAGCGAUGUCGCCCCUCUCAAUUUCCAACAGCUACGAGGUGACAGCAGGGGCGCCGCAGCCGAAGGGGACAUCAAAAUUUUCUUUUCUCGUUUGCUCCACGAGGAUGGAUACCCCUUUGAUGGAAUGGGGGGCACGCUGGCCCACGCUUUCUUUCCCGGCAUGGACCAAAUGUCCGGUGACACUCACUUCGAUGACGAUGAGAUCUGGAGCUAUGGAGGUGACAGCAGCAGCACAGACUUGUUCACAGUGGCGGUGCACGAGUUUGGCCACGCGCUCGGCCUGUCGCAUUCGUCCUCCGAUCCGUCCAUCAUGAGGCCAUACUACCAGGGCUCUGUGGGGGACGUUUCCGCGUUCAAACUGGACUUGGAUGACAGGCUGGCUAUCCAGCAGCUGUACGGCGUGAGAUCCAGCGGACGACCUGAUGGCAAAGAUCCCAGCCUCCCCCGUCUGCCCACCCCGCCUACCCCGAGAGCAACGCUGCGACCCACACAGCAUUCGGAUCCUUCCCUCCAGGAGCGAUGUCAAGGAGGCUUUGAUGCCAUCGCAAACAUCAGGGGAGAGGUCUUCUUCUUUAAAGGCUCUCAAUUCUGGAGAACUAAGCGAGAUGGGUCUUUAGUGUCUCUGAAGCCGGCGCAGAUUAAAAACUUCUGGAUCGGCCUUCCUCCAGAGAUGAAGAAGAUCGAUGCAGUUUAUGAGCGAAGGAGCGACAGCAGAAUCAUCUUCUUCAUCG